UGCCAUUUCACACUAGGGAAGAUACCUUAGAGGAGUUCUUGCUUCAACAGUGAUUGAACGGAACCUCUGUCUUCGUCCCUCUUGCUAUUUCAACCAGUCUACAUUCCGGACGCGAAAAAACUCGUCUCUAUUUGAACACUACUGAGGAAGUCGACGCAUAGCUCUAUUUUUGUACCGUUUUGUUAAGAAAAACCUCAAGAAAACGCCAGCCAAAAUGGACUCCCAAGUGCGUCAGAACUACCACCGCGACUGCGAGGCUGCCAUCAACCGGAUGGUCAACAUGGAGCUGUUUGCCUCCUACACCUACACUUCUAUGGCCUUCUACUUCUCCCGAGAUGAUGUGGCCCUUCCAGGCUUCUCCCAUUUCUUCAAGGAGAACAGCGAUGAGGAGAGGGAGCAUGCUGAGAAGCUGCUGUCUUUCCAAAACAAGAGAGGAGGACGCAUCUUCUUCCAAGAUAUCAAGAAACCAGAGCGUGAUGAGUGGGGGAGCGGGCUUGAGGCCAUGCAGUGCGCCCUGAAGCUGGAGAAGAACGUCAACCAGGCUCUGCUGGACCUGCACAAACUGGCCUCAGAGCAUGUCGACCCUCAUCUGUGUGACUUCCUGGAAAGCCACUACCUGAAUGAGCAGGUGGAGGCCAUCAAGAAGCUGGGUGACUACAUCACCAACCUCAGCCGCAUGGAUGCCCAAAACAACAAGAUGGCAGAGUACCUGUUCGACAAGCACACCCUGGGGGACAAGAGCUAAACACACAGGCUCAGCAUUUUGAAGCCUGGAGUCAAAAUCUUAAUGACACACAGGCCUUAAACUAAACACACAUUUCUGCUCCAGCUGUUCAAUCACUGAUGUAAUCUGCUUUAACCUUAAAGUCAGGAUAAGUUCUUGUAUGUUCUGGUGGUGUCACCGUUCUUUUUAAAUGUCAUAUGGAAUAAUGGAUGCCUGCUUUUUGUGUGACAUUUUUAAUGACAAUUGUGACUAAAUGUUUCUGAUGUGUUUCUAAUCUCAAUAAACCUUUUGCGCUGGA